AAUGACUACAACAACAACGACAACACAAGCUUCUUCAUCGUCAACUCCAAUUAGCGAAAAAGAACAACAAAAAAUAAUUGAUGGUUAUCAAAAAUUGAGAGAUCAACAACAAAAUGUAAUGAAUGAAUUGGCAAAAUUGCGAGUUGAACAUCGGGAACACGCAACAGUUCUGAAGACUAUGCAAACAUUGGAACCGGAAAGGAAAUGUUUCCGGCAAGUUGGCGACACCUUAAUUGAAUUUAAAGCAUCUGAACUGGUCAUCAUUUUGGCCGAGACGAUGAAAAAGUUAGCUAGAUGUUUUCUGUAA